GGGCAGACCCGCUCUUAUCAGUCGAUAGACAUUCCAUGAUUGACGCCCAUCCGCCGCACCCAAAAGCUUGGCAUUUCGACGUCAGUCCCGUUCACCCUCACAAGUCUCACCAAUAUUUUGCACCUUAUGACAAUCCUCAGAUAUGGACAACCCCCACCCAGAAAGAACCAUGUCCACCCGCGACUCCUACUCCCACUCACGCUCCCACCGAGAUCGCACCCACUCCCACACCCGCUCUCGCACACGCUCACGCUCUCCCAAUCGCGAUCCUACCUCUAGAUCGGACAGACACCGCAGCAGCAGACAUCACCACCACCACCGCCAUCACCAUCACCGACACGACCGCCACCGCGACCAUGAUCGUGAUCGCCACCGCCGUGAUCGCCAUACCUCCCGCUCAAAAGAUCAAGCAGAACUGGCACCAGCAGCCCCCAUAGUCCUUCCCUUCAACUCGCGCGAACUCACCAAAUAUGACCUGGAGCACUACGCCCCUAUGUUCGAUAUGUACCUGGACAUUCAGAAGGGGAUAAUUAUGGAUGAUUUGCCGGAGGAUGAGGUGAAAGGGAGGUGGAAGAGCUUUAUGAGGAAAUGGAACCGCGGGGAGUUAGCAGAGGGGUGGUAUGACCCUGCUACGUUAGAAAAGGCGAGAACGAAUAUUGCGCAAAUGCAGGCGCAGACGAGUACGAAUACUGGUUAUCGGGGCGAAUCGCAACAGAAUGAGCGAGGGGAUGAGACUCGAGAUAGGGAUGUUGAAGGGGAGGAAGAUGAGGACGACGAUGAAUACGGCCCGGUGCUUCCUUCUACAUCUGGGCGUGGUGGAGGACCGUCCUCGGGCCCUACGAUACCUACGAUGCAGGAUUUGGAGUUGCGGAAGGAACUAGCAGCCGAAGACGCAAUUGCGGCACGUCAGGACUCGCGCGCCCAAUAUCGCAGCGAACUGCGCUCACACAAGUCCGAGGUCAAAUACUUGCAGGAGGAGGUAGCGCCGCGCGCGGAACCGGGGACUCAUGAACGACGCAUGGAGAAGCGACAGGAGGCUGCGGCGAGUAAUCGCGCCUUUGCGGAGGCGAAGCGUGGGGGAUCUCCGGAGGCAGCGCCGGAGGAGGAGUUGAUGGGGUCUGGAGAGAAUGAUCUGGAUUCGUUGAAGAAGGCGAAGGAGAGGGAGCAGCGGAAGAAGAAUGAGCGGGAGAUUCGAAGGGAGGAAUUACUCCGGGCACGGGCGGCGGAGCGUGAGGAGAGAUUGCAACAAUAUAGACAGAAGGAGGAGGAGACGAUUGGGUGGUUGAAGACGUUGGCUAAGCAGAGGUUUGGAUAAUUCUUCUGUUGGUCUAUAUACUAUUAGUGUUAUGAUCGGGCAUUGGCUGUAGACGGGACGUCAAUGGAAUAUAGCCCUUAUCCCU